UCUCUCUCUCUCUGUCAUUCUGGAGCCCUGAAGACUGCCCUGAUCGCAGCACCGCCACUUAAUCCAAACAGCUGGGCCUCUCCAGUUUGCUUUCCUCGACGACGUCUAUUUACUUAAAGAGAUCUAAAACCAAUUAAGAAGGGGGAGAGGAGGAAGAGGGAGGGAGGAAGACGAGGAAACCGACCUGGAUUGAAACAAACAAACAAGCAAGCAAGCAAAAAAGCGAGCGAGCGAGCCAAGGAGCCCCCCUCCCGCCCGACGAGAACCACAACCUAGCGGCCGCCUCGUCCAUGCGUCCCGAUUGGUCCCGGCGCGCCGGUGGCCACCUAGGAGAGCUGCCUCGGCUGCUGCAGCCCGGCGCUCUUCCCUGAUGGGCCCGUCGGGGCUGUGCUGUGCCCGGAGCUGAGCGCCGCUGCGGCGGCCCCCGCCAUGCCACAAUGGUGACCGCCUGGCUCGUCCUGCUAAGCGCCUUGCAGGCGGCGCGGGGCUCCCCCGGGCCGGCGGCGGCCGACGGGGCCCCCGUGGGGCCCCCGUGUGCCCGGGGAGGGCCGUCGUGCGACCCGCGCUGGCGCAGAGACGCGGGCGGGCGCGGCGGCGUCUACGAGCAUCUCGGCGGAGCGCCGCGGCGCAGGAAGCUCUACUGCGCCACCAAGUACCACCUCCAGAUCCACGCCAACGGCAGGAUCAACGGCACCUUGGAGAAGAACAGCGUCUUCAGCAUCCUCGAGAUUACUGCAGUGGACGUUGGAAUUGUUGCCAUCAAAGGCUGUUUCUCCGGCAGAUACCUGGCCAUGAACAAAAGAGGCAGACUUUAUGCUUCCGAAACCUACAAUGCUGAGUGUGAGUUUGUGGAAAGGAUUCACGAGCUAGGCUAUAAUACGUAUGCAUCCCGCAUAUACCGGACUGUGCCCAAUGGAGCCAGCGGUAGGCGCAAAGCUAGCGCUGAGAGACUCUGGUAUGUCUCCAUCAAUGGGAAAGGACGACCCAGAAGAAGCUUCAAAACUCGUCGGACCCAGAAAUCUUCUCUCUUUUUGCCGCGGGUGUUGGAUAACAAAGACCAUGAUAUGGUCCGACUAUUCCAUACAAAUGCUAAGUACAGAGAGAGCCUGCUAAAGCCUCCGAGCAAGAACCAGAGGAGACGCAGAGGACACUAAGGGAUGCUCUGUGGGGAGGGCAAAGGAUGGAGAACCAAGAAGACAAGUCAGUGUUCAUAGUGCUACUAAAUAACUAACAAAUAUGUCUGCGUGAUCAAUGUGGACUCAGAAAGUAAUGUUACGCUGUAUGUAUAUAUUUUACCAGUUGUCUCACCAAACAUACUUGCUAAUAGGUGUUUUAGACUUAUAAUCCAUUGUUAAUGGCAUAUGAUAUAAUAAAUCACAGCAUGUCCACGUGUAAAUUAGAUGGAUGCACCGAUUCUCA